CGGGAGCGCGCAGCACCGGGCCGGGCUCGGGGCCCGUGCGGCGGGGCCGCCAUGGCCGCCACGGCCGGGAGCCGCACGCACAAGAUCGGGAGCGUCUUCAGCCGGGCGCGGAACCUGGUGCGCAUCGGGCUGCUGCGGAAGCCGCUGUGGCUGGACGUGUACGCCGCGUUCCCGCCGCUGCGGGAGCCCGUGUACCGCGUGCCGCGGCCGCGCUACGGGAGCGGCGACCCCAUCGCAGCCGUGCUCUACCGGGAGGACACCGUGCGGGCGAAGUUUUACAGAGUUUAUGGCAAUGGCCCCAAACCUUUCGACCUGACUCAGUUAAACUUCAAAUCCACCUGCCAGAGGUUUGUUGAGAAAUACAAUGAACUGAAGGAAGAGGGGAAGAUUGAAGAGGAGAAAUUGUUUGAAGAAACAGGAAAAGCCCUUUUGGCCAGUGGGAUCCUGUUACAGAGGAGAGGAGUGGACAGAGUGAGUAUGAAAUAUCCAGAGGAUGCUGCCUCACAGCUCCAGGCCGUGCUGGGGGAGCUGCAGGACAAGAGGAAGGACGGGCAGGAGCAGCCACCAGAGCUGGCAGGGACACAGAAGGAGAGUCCCUGUCCCUCCUGACAGCCCUGUCACCCCAGCAGCCGCCUGCAGCCCUCCUUGGGGACAUUUCCCUGAGGAACAGGCUCCUGGUGCCCUCCAGGCUCGUCCAUGGCACACCUGCUCCCUCUGCCCAGCUCCACAUUGAUAAACUCACAGAUAAUCUUAUUUUGUUUAAUGUUCACAACUGUUUUCUGAAAUCGAGUUGGAAAACACCGAGUGUAAAAGUGGAAAAUUAAAGCAUUUCCUUUAAAAUUGGA